GCUUAUCAAGGCCUUAAGUGGCCGGGAGCUGCAGGAAAUCUUGCUGGAAGCACAUGCGAAAGCCAACGGAAGUGCCGACGGAAGUGCCCAGAUGGAAGGACCUGAGCUUAGCCAUCCAGGCCUUCCAGGCCUUCCAGGCCUUGGUCAGCUUCCAAGGCCUCAGGGGUUGACCAACCUGGGCAACACCUGUUACUUGGCCUCGGUGCUGCAAUGCCUGGCGCAGACGGAAAGCUUCGCCACAGAGCUGCAGGAGCUGAAAAUCUCACAGCUGGGAGGCAUUGGCCAAGCAUUGCAGCGGCUUCUGGGGAACUUGCGACAAGAUUCGCAGGCUUCGGUGGAGGACAUUUUGGGCCAGUUGGCUGAAAGAUACACCUGGUACCAGGGCAAGUCGCAGCAAGACGCCCACGAGCUGCUGAGAACGCUCUUGGCCGCACUGGCGGAUGAGCGGGAAGUGAAAGAGGAGAAGGAUGUGCUGCAGCGUUUAGUCCAGCGCAGCUUUCAGGGCCUUAUCUGUGAAGCGAUCCUCUGCUGGUCCUGUCGCCAGGUGUCCCUGCGCCAUGAGUUCUUUUUGGACCUGUCCCUGGACAUUUCGGAGCUGGACACUGGCCUUUUGGGCCUGCGCGGAAGUGCCAUGCAGCCCUUGCUGGAGCUGCUGGAGGAGGAGGAGGACGAGGACGAGGCAGCUGCGGUUGAAGAGCCAGUGACAGAUGGCGAAGAUCAAGUGAUCGAGGUGUACCUGGAACGAGUUCCCGGGCGACGGAUUCCCCUGGGCUUGGAGUGGCACGAUGCCACCAAGCACAACUGCAAGGUCUUGCGUCGAGUUCACCCUAACAGCCUCGCAGAUCAGUGGACGAGACGCAGCGGCCGGCGCCUGGUGGGGAAUCUGCUGCUGCUGUCGGUGAACGGCCAGGAGGAUGAGGAGGAAAUCAUGCAGGCGUUGAAGGAUGAAGCCAAGCUUCUUUUGCGCUUCGCGCCGGAGGAGGUUGUGAGUGCCCGUGUCAAUGACAAGACGCAACAGGGCUUUCAGAUUGAGCUGCAGCGUGACGCGAAGACGCCCUGGGGCUUUCAGUUGGAUCCAGUGGCUCUGGAAGAAGGCAACCUGAUCGUAGCUCAGAUUCUGCCCGAUUCGGUGCUGGAUGCAUGGAACCUUCGCUGCCGAUCCAUGGGUCGCAAACAGCAGCUGGUGCACUGCGGGGAUAAAAUCCUGGCGGUGAACGGUAGCCGGGAGCUGCAGCAGAUGACGAAGGCCUUGAACAGCCAAGCCAGGCAGAAGAACGUGGUGCUUCUAGAGCCGGGGGACCGCAGUGGCUACAGCGCCUCGUUGUCGUCUUCGGCGCCGCCCACGGAGGAUGCGACGUUUCAAGUGGAGCUGGAGCCUAUCGCAUCGAUCAGCUGGGGAUUUCAGUUGGAGCGGAUGGAUGGCGAGUCCGAUGUGGCGCGGGUGAAAGGCCUGGAGGAAGGAUCUCCGGUGGCCCUUUGGAACAUGGUCUGCCGGUCUCGCGGCGACGAACACCUCUGUGUGGAAGCAGAUGACGUGUUGCUGGACGCCAAAAACGCCAUGGCUGCAGCCAGCGGCCGGGACCGCCUUCGUCGCUUCACCCUGCGUCGCUCCCGGGAUCGGCAGGCCUCGGUGCGCGCCGCCGGGUACGGGGACCGGUUCCGCUCGGGGCCGCCGGCGACGACGGGUGCCGCGCGCACGGCGGAAAUGGAGGACCUCCGCCAGGCCAUGCUCCACGCUGCUGACGGCUGCGCCGCGCAGCUCACGGCCACGGCGUCGCCGCUGGCGGCGCUCUUUGGGGCGACGGGGACGGUCUCCGCGACGGUCUCCGCGACCCCGCGGGCGGUGUGCCUAGCCGACUGUGUGCGCAAUUUGGGAUCCAUCGAGGCAUUGGAGGAGAACUUUCAGCCCAUCUACCACUGUUCCUGCUGUGGCAGCGACGCAACACGGCGCUUCGCAUCGAAACGCACCUGGCUGCAGCAGCUGCCACCCGUGCUGCCAGUGCAGCUUAAACGCUUCAGAUUUGAUGCGCACACCGGCAGCUUCCAGAAGUCAAGGAUGCGCAUCCAGACAAGCAGCACGUUGGAUUUGAGUGAGCUGCUCCUCUCUUCAGAGCAGCAACAGCAGCUGCAGAGUUGCAUGAAGGAUAGCAGCGCCACGCGCCAGCACGAGGGAGAAGCGAUGGGGACCCUCUACGAGCUCUAUGCGGUCUGUGCGCACCUGGGUGGUAGUAUGGAACGUGGCCAUUAUGUGGCUUUCAUCAAUGUGGGUGCCAGUCUCAAGGAGGAGUCCUGGUUCCUCCUCGACGACGCCAAGUGCGUCCCCGUGCGUCGCGAGGACGCGCUGAAGGUCGAGGCCUACAUCGCCUUCUAUCGCCGCAGCGCCACGAGUUAG